ACAUUGUUAUGUAGCUGUUUAUCUGCAGCAAAUGUUCCCCUCGUUUCCGAAUUGUGUAGCUCAUUCAAAAGGGACCGUGUUUUAACUGAAAUACAGUGGAGACGGUUUAAUUUACGUAUAUAACAGGGUCAGGAUUAACACGACAAUGCAGAACUUUACAGCGAUAAAGUCGUUUGUUUUCCAGUAUCCUAAAACUAUUGCUGUGAUCACAGUAACAGGAGUAGGACUCUUUGGAGUGAAGAAAUGGAUGGCAGGUGGAGUUUGUCGCAGUAAAGCCUCACUGGAAGGAAAGACCGUCCUUAUCACCGGAGGCAACACUGGGAUUGGCAAAGAAACCGCUGUAGACCUGGCUAGAAGGGGCGCAAGAGUCAUUCUGGCCUGCAGAGACAUGGACAGAGCCAAUAAAGCUGCAGCAGAGGUGAUGAAGAGGAGCGGAAACGACCAAGUUGUUGUCAGAAAGUUGGACUUGGCGUCUCUGGAGUCGGUGCGACAACUAGCCAAAGACGUUCUAGAUAAUGAAGAAAGGCUGGAUGUUCUCAUCAAUAAUGCAGGUAUUAUGAGCUGCCCAGAAUGGAAGACUGAAGAUGGCUUUGAAAUGCAGUUCGGUGUGAACCAUCUGGGUCACUUCCUUUUAACAAACUGCCUGUUGGAUCUCCUGGAGAAGUCGUCCCCGAGUCGCAUUGUCAAUGUCUCCAGUUUAGCUCAUGAAAAAGGUCAAAUCUAUUUUGAUGACAUAAAUCUGGAGAAAAAAUACCACCCUUGGAAAAGCUAUUCUCAAAGUAAACUAGCUAAUGUCCUCUUUACAAGGGAGCUGGCUAACAAUUUGAAAGGGACCGGAGUAACGAGUUACAGCCUGCACCCUGGGGUCAUCCGUACAGAGCUCGGCCGACACAUGUGGCCCGAAAUGCCCCUGUGGAAGAAAGUUCUAUUCGCACCAUUCAUGUUCCUCAUCAAGUCUCCAACAGAAGGCGCUCAGACCACCAUCUACUGCGCUGUGGAGGAAAGCCUGCAGAAUGAAAGUGGACUCUACUACAGCGACUGCGCCCCUAAAACCGCCGCCCCCCAGGGCCUGGAUGAUGAAGCUGCCAAGAAGCUGUGGGAUCUGAGUGCGGCUAUGGUUAGCCGGACAUAAUCACGGUGACAUCGAUGAUGCUCAUCAUCAUCAUCAUCUUCAUAGUACCAAAGGACUAACAAGUGGCCUGAGGACGGACUGAUGCUCUCUCGAAUGAGCAUCUGUGUGGCCACUAUCAGCUGAGCUCCUACUUAACGUGACAAAUAAGUAAACAGACAGCAUUCACAAGAGAUAGACAUUUAUUCAGAAUAUUCAACAAACUACUUGCAAAAAUACUAUGGAUUUCAGUUAAACAGAAGCAAUGCUUCACAGUUAAGUAACAUGGAAGCUGUAUGAUCUUUAGUUUUGAUUGCCAUUAGCGUGAAAUGACAUUUAAAGUGACAAAAUUCAACAAUGUCUGUUGACUGAGGGGUUGAAUGUCAUUUAAUGUUACUUGAUUUAAUCAUAUAAGGAUUACGUGUGCUUGAAGGUUUGUAACACUGUUAAUAGCAACCUUUUUUCUCCUGGGCAAUAAAGUGCUGUUAUACGUAGCCCAUGGUUGUACCUGUUUCUUAAGGCAUGUUUUUCAUUCAUACACAUCACGUAUAUUCUUUGUAGUGUUCCAUAUGAGACCAACAAUAUUGAAAUAAAACACAUUUUGGUUACAUCA